GCAGGGAAAUAAUAGCAAGUUGGCAUGAAUCACAAAGUACCGGAGAAAGGAGGAGGGGAAAGAGAAAGAGAGAGAGCCGGCGAAAGAACCACCCCCCACCCUCAAUGGAAUUUAUUUGCGGUUUUGUAACUGCAUGGUCGCAAAGGCAGAUUGGCCCCGACCUCAACUUGUUGCACUACAAGAGAUUUUGUCACUCUGGAAUCGAAAUAUGAAGAGAAGGUCCUCUAGUGAACAUGUCGGAGGAGAUGAAAAUGGACAUCAAAUGCUUUCCGGUGAACCUCCGAGGGAGAAAGACACAAAAGUUGAACUGGGGAAGAAGGUGACAUUGCUUUCAGGGAUUUCAGUCAUUGUUGGGAUCAUGAUUGGAGCUGGGAUCUUCAUCUCGCCAAAAGGAAUCCUAAAAUACUCGGGCAGCAUUGGGAUGUCUCUGAUAGUCUGGAUUGCUUGCGGCGUGCUUUCACUGUUUGGUGCCUUGUCCUACGCUGAACUGGGAUCUUAUAUUAAGAAGUCUGGUGGGCAUUACACAUACUUAUUGGAGGCUUUUGGUCCACAUGUGGCUUUUGUGAAACUCUGGGCUGAUGUCACUGUGAUCAGACCUGCUGGGAUGGCAGUCAUCUGUCUGGCUUUUGGACAGUACAUUCUGGAACCUUUGUUUAUGCCCUGUGAUAUUCCACCUACUGCUGUCAAACUGGCCACAGCCAUUGGCCUCACCUCAGUAAUGUACACAAAUAGUAUGAGUGUGAGAUGGACAGCGCGGAUCCAAAUCUUUUUCACCCUCUGCAAGCUGGUGGCCAUCAGCACCAUCACCAUUCCUGGACUAUACCAGUUCUUCAAAGGGGAGACACACAACUUUGAGAAUGCCUUUCAAAUAAACAACAUAAAGCUGUCCACUUUACCUCUGGCCUUCUACUCUGGGAUGUAUGCAUACUCUGGAUGGUUCUAUCUCAAUUUUGUUACAGAAGAAAUUCAUAAUCCUGAGAGGACACUGCCCUUGGCUAUCUGUAUCUCCAUGGCAAUUGUGACAACCUGCUACGUGCUGAUUAAUGUGGCCUACUACACUGUAAUGUCAGUUGAGGAGGUCCUGGCCUCAGAAGCAGUUGCUGUGACAUUUGCAAAGAAGUUGAUGGGGGAUUUUUCAUUCGCCAUGCCAGUAUUUGUUGCCAUGUCGUGCUACGGCUCCAUGAACGGUUCCGUCUUGGCCCUGUCGAGAACAUUCUUGGUGGCGUCACGUGAAGGACAACUACCUGAGGUUUACUCCAUGAUUCACAUUCGCAGAAACACUCCUAUAGCUGCCGUCCUUAUAUUGUAUCCAUUGACCAUGCUCCAGCUGUUUCUGGGAGACAUCUACAGCCUGUUAAACUUCAUGAGCUUUUUGCGGUGGUUAUCAAUUGGUGUGGUAGUCCUUGGUUUAAUCUACCUUCGAUACACCCGGCCUGACCUUCCACGCCCCUUUAAGGUCCCGAUUUUCAUCCCAGUGGUGUUCAGCCUGACUUGUUUCUUCAUGGUCUUCCUGUCACUGUACUCAGACCCACUCAACACAGGCAUUGGAUUUGCCAUUUCCCUGACAGGGAUCCCCGCCUACUACAUUUUUGUACACGUCAACCGUAGGCCCAAGUGGUUACAAAGGGCUUUAGAUUCUAUCAACAGAAGUUUACAAAUUCUCCUGGAAGUGGUCCCGCCGGAGCAAUAAUGGAAACCACAUCCUACAACAAGUCUUUGGACUCAUGAAAGCUACCCUAUAUACCGUAAAUUCCAGGAAAUGAAGAACCGCAUGCUCAGAUUUAUGAAGAAAAAUCAAUUUUGUAAUUAUAUGUGAAGCAAAAGUGUAUAGUGUAUAGUGUAAGAGAUGUUAAUUUGUGGAAUAAUUUCGGAACUCAACUGAAGACUUGUGAAUCACUUGCUGUGUUCAAAAAGAGAUUCAAAAAUAAACUACGCAAAAA